AUGAGGAUUUUUAGACCGUGGAGAUUGCGCUGCCCUGCCCUGCACCUGCCCUCGCUCCCUGUGUUCUCACUAAAGUGCAGCUUGCCCUCCCUUACUAUUGACACUGACGAGAACAUGUGUAAAAGCGUGACCACAGGUGAGUGGAAGAAAAUCUUCUACGAGAAGAUGGAGGAAGCAAAGCCGGCUGACAGCUGGGACCUCAUCAUAGACCCCAACCUCAAGCACAACGUGCUGGCCCCUGGCUGGAAGCAGUACCUGGAGUUGCAUGCCUCAGGCAGGUUCCACUGCUCCUGGUGCUGGCACACCUGGCAGUCGCCCCACGUGGUCAUCCUCUUCCACAUGCACCUGGACCGCACUGUGCGGGCGGGCUCGGUGCGCAUGCGCGUCUUCAAGCAGCUGUGCUACGAGUGCGGCACGGCGCGGCUGGACGAGUCGAGCAUGCUGGAGGAGAACAUCGAGAGCCUGGUGGACAACCUCAUCACCAGCCUGCGCGAGCAGUGCUACGGCGAGGAUCCGGGGCAGUACCGCAUCCACGUGGCCAACCGCCAGGACACCCGGCGGCACCGCAGAGAGUUCUGCGAGGCCUGCCAGGAGGGCAUCGUGCACUGGAAGCCCAGCCAGAAGCUGCUGGAGGAGGAGGCGAACACCUACAUCUUCACCCCGGCUCCCAGCCCCACCAAGCCGCAGACCGAGACGGGCUCAGGCUGCAACUUCUGCUCCAUCCCCUGGUGCUUGUUUUGGGCCACUGUUCUGCUGCUGAUCAUCUAUCUGCAGUUCUCCUUCCGCACCUCCGUCUAAGAGUCCCUGCUGGGCCCAAGGCCUGUGCGGGGCGCCAGUCAGCUGUGGGAGGGCUGGAGGAGAGACCUGGGCUGGGAGCGGGGCACAUUCUAGCGCUGGUGCCACCGCUGACUCAGGAGGACUCUGGACAGAUGACCCAGUUUUUCCAUCUGUAAAAUUAAGGGUUUGGGCUAGAUCAUUGGUUUUUCAAAGUGAAACCGAGAACCCCCAAGUUCUGCAUA